UAGCGAGUCAUGAAGAUGUCGAGAUUCCAGAAGGUAGUGGCCCAAAGAGUAAAUCAGCUGAGGCAAUUUCCUUUCUGGAAAGAGAAAAAGACGAAUGAUGAUAAAAUAUUAAAAAUAAAAGAAGAAUAAAUACAAAAGCAAGGAUGAUUUCAAUAUGAAAAAAAAAACAGAGUGUACCCGCCAAGUACAUGAUCUUCUCUGACUGCUAGUUCGGACUCUGACACCCUUCUGUGCCCUAGGAAAACGCCGUUCGUGUGCUGGUUUGUUGCCCAGAAAGAGAAAACCAUAGAAACCUGGUGGAGAGAUAAAGUAGAAGAAACUGUGAAGGGCUUUCCAGUCUGAAUUGGUUGAGCCCAGAGCAACGGAGAUGGCUGACAAGCCAGAGGUGUUGGAGGCCGUGUUGAAGGAGGCGGUGGACUUGGAGAACAUACCCAUAGAGGAGGUUUUUCAGAACUUGAGGUGUAACGCCAAUGGGCUCAGCACGGAGGCUGCUAAUGAGAGGUUGGCCAUUUUUGGUCACAACAAGCUUGAGGAGAAGGAGGAGAGCAAGGUGUUGAAGUUUUUGGGGUUUAUGUGGAACCCUCUUUCAUGGGUCAUGGAAGCUGCAGCUAUCAUGGCCAUUGCGCUGGCCAAUGGAGGAGGAAAACCUCCUGAUUGGCAAGAUUUUGUUGGAAUUAUUACUCUGCUUUUCAUCAAUUCAACAAUAAGUUUUAUAGAAGAGAACAAUGCCGGUAAUGCUGCUGCUGCUCUCAUGGCUCGUCUUGCACCCAAAGCUAAGGUCCUUCGAGAUGGAAAAUGGAGUGAAGAGGAUGCAGCCAUUCUUGUUCCCGGUGAUAUAAUCAGUAUUAAACUUGGAGAUAUUCUUCCUGCAGAUGCUCGUCUUCUUGAUGGCGAUCCAUUGAAAAUUGACCAGUCUGCACUUACAGGCGAGUCCCUUCCAGUGACCAAAGGUCCUGGUGAUGGUGUUUAUUCAGGUUCUACAUGUAAACAAGGAGAGAUUGAAGCAGUGGUAAUUGCCACAGGCGUCCAUACCUUCUUUGGCAAGGCUGCUCACCUCGUUGACACCACAAAUCAAGUUGGGCAUUUCCAAAAGGUCUUGACUGCUAUUGGGAAUUUUUGUAUAUGUUCUAUUGCUGUGGGUAUGGUAAUAGAGAUCAUUGUCAUGUUCCCCAUUCAACACCGGAAGUAUCGUCCAGGAAUUGACAAUCUCCUGGUGCUUCUUAUUGGAGGAAUUCCCAUUGCAAUGCCCACAGUUUUAUCUGUGACGAUGGCAAUUGGGUCCCAUCGCUUGUCUCAGCAGGGUGCUAUCACAAAAAGAAUGACAGCAAUAGAAGAAAUGGCAGGCAUGGAUGUACUUUGCAGUGACAAAACUGGAACUUUGACAUUGAACAAGCUAACAGUUGACAGGAACCUUAUCGAGGUUUUUGGUAAAGGAGUAGACCCAGAUACUGUUAUUUUGAUGGCAGCUCGAGCUUCACGAUUGGAAAACCAAGAUGCAAUAGACACUGCUAUAGUGGGGAUGUUGGCUGAUCCUAGGGAGGCACGGGCUGGUAUUCAAGAGGUUCACUUCCUUCCAUUUAACCCAACUGAUAAGCGAACAGCUCUUACAUAUAUUGAUGGCCAAGGAAAAAUGCAUCGGGUCAGCAAAGGUGCACCAGAGCAGAUUCUGAAUCUCGCGCACAACAAGUCAGAAAUAGAACGCAGAGUUCAUGCUGUGAUCGAUAAGUUUGCAGAUAGGGGGUUGCGAUCUCUUGCAGUGGCAUACCAGGAAGUUCCUGAUGGAAGGAAAGAGAGCUUGGGAGGUUUAUGGCAAUUUGUUGGCCUCAUGCCUCUCUUCGACCCACCUAGACAUGACAGUGCAGAUACAAUAAGGAGGGCUUUGAAUCUUGGGGUUAAUGUGAAAAUGAUCACAGGUGAUCAAUUGGCCAUAGCAAAGGAAACAGGCCGCCGUCUGGGAAUGGGAACCAAUAUGUAUCCUUCAUCUGCUUUGCUAGGACAGAACAAGGACGAGUCCAUUGCUGCGUUACCAGUUGAUGAGCUGAUCGAAAAGGCUGAUGGUUUUGCUGGUGUUUUCCCUGAGCACAAGUAUGAGAUUGUAAAGCGUUUGCAAGCUAGGAAACAUGUGUGUGGGAUGACCGGCGAUGGAGUUAAUGAUGCUCCUGCACUUAAAAAGGCUGACAUUGGCAUAGCUGUUGCUGAUGCAACUGAUGCAGCACGAAGUGCUUCUGACAUUGUCCUGACAGAACCUGGCCUUAGCGUUAUCAUUAGUGCUGUACUAACUAGUCGUGCAAUUUUCCAGAGGAUGAAAAAUUACACGAUUUAUGCAGUUUCCAUUACGAUUCGUAUAGUGCUUGGUUUUAUGUUGCUGGCCCUCAUAUGGCGGUUUGAUUUUCCACCCUUCAUGGUGCUGAUCAUUGCUAUUCUUAAUGAUGGUACUAUUAUGACAAUAUCAAAGGAUAGGGUGAGACCAUCUCCUCUGCCAGACAGCUGGAAGCUGGCUGAGAUUUUUGCAACUGGAGUUGUUCUUGGUAGUUACUUGGCAAUGAUGACAGUCAUUUUCUUUUGGGCAGCAUACGAGACUGACUUCUUUCCUCGUGUGUUUAAUGUUUCAAGCCUUCAGAUAAAAGAUAGGGAUGACAUAAGAAAACUUGCCUCAGCUGUGUAUCUACAAGUGAGUAUCAUUAGUCAGGCCCUUAUAUUUGUGACACGAGCCAGGAGUUGGUCUUUCGUUGAGCGUCCUGGCCUUCUACUUGUAGUGGCUUUUGUUAUUGCACAGCUGAUUGCUACGCUGAUUGCUGUCUAUGCAAAUUGGAGCUUUGCUGCUAUUGAAGGAAUAGGAUGGGGUUGGGCCGGUGUGAUUUGGCUUUACAACCUUGUCUGCUACAUCCCACUAGAUUUUAUAAAGUUUAUUAUCCGCUAUGCCCUGAGUGGGAAAGCUUGGGAUCUUGUUAUCGAGCAAAGGAUUGCAUUCACAAGGAAAAAGGAUUUUGGAAAGGAAGCACGUGAGCUUAAAUGGGCACUUGCACAGAGGACCCUCCAUGGGCUGCACCCACCUGAGACCAAGAUGUUCACUGACCACAAUAUCACAGAGCUUAAUCAGAUGGCUGAAGAGGCAAAACGGCGAGCUGAGAUUGCAAGGCUGAGAGAACUGCAUACACUCAAGGGCCAUGUCGAAUCCGUGGUGAGGCUGAAGGGCCUUGAUAUAAACACAAUUCAGCAAGCAUAUACAGUUUGAUGAAGGAGAUCAGCGGUGCCUAUAAUUUUGCUAGGGCUUGUGUAAAAAUCUGUAACUUAUCAUCCUAAUGUACUGUGACCCAUCUCUAUUAGUUUGUCCUCCGUCACUUUUAAGACAAGUACUUCCAUUUAGAUGUGCCAUGCUUUCAUUAUCAGCACCUUUCUUUUCCCUCUUUUUUUAAUAUAAAAUUGGUGGCCUUA